AUGGAGAAUAUUGAAUAUAUUUUAGUUGUGCGAUGUUUCCGUCGCAUAAAGGGAAGGAGCAUCGACAACUAUCAGCCAUUAGCUGAGUACAAGAUGGAAUCGUUGACAGCUUGUGCCGAUUUCUGUAUAAUGGCGCUUGGUAACAAAACUGGAAAGGUAACAGGUUACCUCGAGUUAACGAGGCGCUCAGAAGUUUACCCUCUCCUUUACUUAUUAGAAACCUGCGCAACGAAUAUUGGUUACUAUGUUAUUAUUGGAAACGAAAUAGUCCGACCGAUAAGAAACGGAGGAACAGUGAAGGUUCUUAAUGACAUCGGCCAAGGUGAAUGUACAAAUUUUUGUAGUAUGAACCAGGGUCUGAACCACGAAGAACUCGCUUGUCGUUCCUUGAAUUACUUCCCUCUCACUCGCAAAUGCGAGCUUUAUAGUAUUCUUGCGGAACCACAUGGUCCUGGAAAUCUAAUCCAAAAUGAGAACGUGAUAUAUGCAGAGAAGUUUUGCAUUCCAGAUUCUAACCAGCGAUGCCAGAGCGACGAAGUUUUCAUUCUUCACGUGCAGAAGAGCAUUUCUCGCUUUCCAAUUCGCCAUGCUUCAUCGCCGAGCAUUACUGGCUGUGUAAAAAUGUGCCUCAGCGCAUCGUUCUGCAAGGUUUUUCAGUUAUUUAUCAUUUCAGUAGCUAUCAACGAAGCAGAAAAGUCAUUUUCUAAAUGGUCGGACUGCGAUUAUCGCGUUAACGGACUACGAGUGAUGGUGAGGACUAGCAUUAAAAUUGAUAAGUCGAACAGCUUCUCCGUGGUUGAGAGUUCCUUCUGA